CUGCCUGUCUGCCCCUGUGUGCCCCUGGCACCUCCUGCCCCGCAGCGCCCUGAGCCUGGCUGCCUGCUGCCCUGCGUGGGGCGCUUCCAGCACACCUCCUGUGGGUGGCUGCGGUGCCGAGGAUCGUGAGGAACAGCAGGCAGGUGUCUGGUGGUUAUCUGGGUUGACUCCUGCUCACCAAGUGGCACAUGGGGUGUGAGGCCUUUAGUAGGGAAAGUGAAUGUUAGAGGAGGAGCAGACUGGUAGCACUGGCAUUGGAAUGUUAAGAGGGCUGUUGGAACACUUCAUUGUUUUUAUCAACCGUAACUCAACUCAACAUUUCUCGCCGUGAGCAACAGCUCUUCCUGGGAUCCCAGGAUUGUGUAACAGCACAGCAGCUUUGGGCUGUGGGGAGGGAGGCUGGUGGAGGGGGUGACGCUCAGACCCCUGUAUCGCCUCUGUCUCUUGGUCAGGGGCUCCACUGCCACAGAUGUCUCUUUCCUUCAAAGAAAGUCAGUGCAUGGCCAUUGUUGCAAUCCUCCAUUCUUUCUUGUGUGUGGCACUCCUUGCUCCAGUCUGAAGAGUUUUCUCUGCAAAGACACCUAGAGCAACGCUUGCAUGGAACCAAGGAGAUAGAUAGAAUCAUGGAAUUGUUUGAGUUGGAAGGGACCUUUAAAAGUUAUCUCCUCCAGAUUCCCUGCAGUGUACAGGGACGUCUACAGCUAGAUUGGUUGCUCAGAGCCUGGUCCAGCCUGACCUUGCUGGCUGUCAUUUCUUUAAACAGUUGCAUGGCUUUUGCUGCUGAACUUCUGUGUGUGAAAUAUCAAGUGCUUUUGUACUGACUUUUGAAAUAGUGAGUCUUAGUGGCAAACUCAGGUGAAGUGAAAACAAUUUCUCUUCUUAACAAGCAAAAAAAAGGAGCACAACUGCUUCCAUGUCUGCCUGAGGACAAAAAGCUGUUUCAUCCUCAAGUGUCAGUCUGCAAGCGUCUCUGUCCUCCUGUGCCCUGCACAGAGCAAGCAGCUGGAGUUUCUUUGCUAUUAGAGGUGCUGCAAGAGCUUGCAGUAGGACACAUGACAUUAAAUAGGCUAACCAGGCUGCAGUGCUAUUUCUUUCCUUUGCCUGCUUCUUCCCUUCUGCAUCAUGAGCACCUCCCAGCCCUUCCUUUCUGUGCCUCCGGUUUCCAGCCUGCGUGCUUUGCCCUAUUUCUGUCCCCAACCUAGCCUGUUUGCUUUCUGAUCCGCAGCUGUAAGAUCGUGCCUUUUCCCCAGCCUCCACGUGCGCUCCAGACAAGGUCUGCUCACAGGGCACCCGGGGAACCCCCCUCCCUGGGCCUCGUGCCCUGUCCCCGUUGCCUGUUCUGCCCGCACGCAGCUCGCUGCUCCGCCUGUCUCUUUAUCUAAUCUCAAACUGAGGGUGGCUGCUGCAGCAGGGAGGCGGAUGGGUCAGAUCUGGAGGUCAGUCGCUGCACACGGAUGGGGAGGAAAGGAGCACGAGGGAGCGCUGGAAGGGAGUGCGUCCAGGAACACGUGACAGCUGGGUCUGGCGGUGCUGGGUCAUGGCGUGGCUCACAUGGCCGUGGUGCAUGUCUGCUUGUUAUGUCACUACAUGCCGCCUUUUUUUCUUGCCUUAGGGGGUGUGAUAGCUUACAUCAGCUCUUCGAGCUCAGCAUCUAGCCCAGCCUCAUGUCACAGCGAGAGCUCAGACAGUGGUUUCCAGUCAUCCUCUUCGCCUGUACCAUCUUCUCCGAACAGCUCCUCCUCGGAAAGCAGCUGCAAUGGUCGGAGCAGCGAGGGCUCUGAUGGGGCACCAAAGAGUGACCGGCUAGAGGAGACUGUUAAACCGAGCCAGUCGGGUGUUGCUGGCUUGACAAAAGGCCAUAACGGAGUCACAAAAUUCAAUGGAAUGGUUCUUCUUUGCAAGGUCUGUGGAGAUGUUGCUUCAGGAUUUCAUUAUGGUGUUCAUGCCUGUGAGGGCUGCAAGGGUUUUUUCAGAAGAAGCAUUCAGCAAAACAUCCAGUAUAAGAAGUGCUUGAAGAAUAACAACUGCUCUAUAAUGAGAAUGAAUAGAAACAGAUGCCAGCAGUGUCGUUUCAAAAAGUGUCUGUCUGUUGGAAUGUCAAGAGAUGCUGUUCGAUUUGGCCGCAUUCCUAAACGUGAGAAGCAGAGAAUGCUGAUUGAAAUGCAGAGUGCCAUGAAAACCAUGAUGAACAGUCAGUUCAGCGGUCACUUACCCAAUGAAGCAUUAGCUGAACAUCAAGAUCAAGCACCUCAAGAAGACCUUUCCUCUAAACCCAAACAAGAGCGGGAAACCCUCAAAAGCCCUUCUCCUCCUCCUAGCUCUGACAUGGCUAAGGAAGAGGUGAUUGGUAUGGUCACUAGGGCCCACAAAGAUACUUUCAUGUACAACCAAGAACAGUCUCAAAACCCAGCAGAGAUGAUGCAGUCCCAGAGUGGGGAGAGGGUGUCAAAAAACACUGAACAGUAUAUGUUGAGCAGCGAGCACUGUGUUAGUGGGCUCAGUGGCCCUCAGUACCCUGAAAGUGAGCAGCACCUGGGCGGACAGUACAAAGGGAGAAGCACAAUGCAUUACCCAAGUGGGCAUGCCAUAUGUUUCACAAACGGCCACUGCAUGAACUUCACCAAUGGUUACACUCAGCGGCUGUGUGAUAGAAUCCCAGAAGAUGUCUUUUCUCCAAACAGAAACACCACUUAUUCUUGCAGCACUGGAGGAAGAAUGCAUCUGGUCUGCCCAAUGAGUAAGACUCCCCAUGUGGACCCAAACAAGUCUGGCCAUGAAGUCUGGGAAGAGUUUUCCCUGAGCUUUACUCCUGCAGUGAAAGAAGUGGUGGAGUUUGCCAAGCGCAUCCCAGGGUUCCGAGAUCUCUCACAACAUGACCAGGUUAACCUUCUGAAGGCUGGGACCUUUGAGGUUUUAAUGGUACGGUUUGCAUCUUUGUUUGAUGCAAGGGAACGUACUGUCACCUUCCUUAGUGGAAAAAAGUACAGUGUGGAUGACUUGCAUUCAAUGGGAGCCGGUGAUCUGCUCAAUUCCAUGUUUGAAUUUAGUGAGAAACUAAAUGCCCUGCAACUUAGUGAUGAGGAGAUGAGUUUAUUUACAGCGGUUGUCCUGGUAUCUGCUGAUCGCUCUGGAAUAGAAAAUGUCAAUUCUGUGGAGGCACUUCAGGAAACGCUAAUCCGUGCAUUAAGGACCUUAAUCAUGAAAAAUCACCCAAACGAAGCCUCUAUUUUCACAAAACUUCUUUUGAAGUUACCUGACUUGCGUUCCUUAAACAACAUGCACUCUGAAGAACUCUUGGCCUUCAAAGUUCACCCAUAGGCCUUUAGGUUUCAUUUGUACCUGGACUUGCCUCGUGUUAAACUGUUUCGUGCUAAAAUAUGUAUUUAUACAGUUGUACCACUUGCUGGAGAGAGUUCACAGACUGUGAGCAAUUGAUAGCUGUUCCAUAACCAUGCAAUAAUGCUUCAGCAGGUGCUUUCAGCUAACAUCAGUGCAGCAUUCAGAGUCCUCCAAGACAUCCAGACCCAGCUGUGCUGCACUUUUGUAGCAGAGGUUGCAAUGAGCCUGAGUAAAUAUGGACUAUUCUUUCACUUAGAAAAAGAACCACCACUGCCCUCUCAUGUAAACUGAACGCAGAAUAGCUACGUGUACAUAUGGAAUGUGGAAUGGGGGGAACAAUCCUGUGUUAAUAGGAAAAUCAGAGAGCUGAUUUAAUUGGUCUUUCCCUUAUCUAAUAUAUGUAUGUCUGUGUCUCUUGAUAAUUCACUCAUGGUUUCACUGUUGUUAUUCCAUUAAACCUGAUGGAAUGAUUUCAGCCUGCACCAACUCUUCACUGAGCGUGUUCAUGCCAUGUGUAUAUAAUAUAAAUAGCUAAGUAAUGGGUGUUUAUGACUAUAAAGUACAGAGUUGUGUGUAUAUAUGUGUAUGUAUAUAAAUAGUUCUAUACAUAAAGUAUACAUAUAAUUUCUUCACAAUAUUUUAAACUGUGAAGGAAUUUAAACUUACAAAAGAAGGUGAUCUAUGGAAAGAACCAAAUAGAUGCACUUUGCAUUUUGCUGAACUAAUAAUCUGAACAUUUCUACUUUUUAGAAAACAUCAAGUUUGCAUUAAUAAGCUGUGUUUGUUAAUUUAAAAAAAAAUACAUACAUAGAGUGGCACCAGAGGGGCAGAGUCAGAUUCCAUUUCUGGAAUGGCUUCUCGAGAAUAUUCAGUGGAGACGGUGGUUCAUGGUACUACUGAAGUUGGUUGUCCAUGGCCACUGAGGUUUGUACACUCUCUUAAUGCUUAAAGAAGCACCAGGUGCUCUUUAAAAAAACUUCAGCACAGCCAGAAAGAAAAUAUCAGAUGAAUAAUAGCAUUUGAGGAAAAAAAAAAUAUGUUCUAAUGCUUAUCCAUAAUUGCAUUUGGGGUGUGUGUGUGUUCUGUGACCGUUUAUUUCUUACCAUGUGUCAUUUUGCUGCUUCAUCGCUAAAUGAGAAUUUAAUAUAGGAAUGGGAGAUUCCCUGUGUCUCUUCACAGUCCAGACUUUGUGGUUCCCAUGCCUGUUCUUCGGGAGCUCUACACUUCUGUGUGUACGUAUGCGUGUAUGUGCAAGGAAGGUGCACUGGAUGGUCUGGAUAUUUUUCUUAAAAAAA